AUGGAGAGCCUUCCCACGCGGGGAGGCCAGCACCUCCCCGCGCAGAGGCACAAGCCAGACCAGAGCCCUUGGGGUCAGCAGGGAGGCGACCUCGGCUCACGGGCAGGGGGAGGACAUCAGAGUGCCCUGAAGAGGCGGGGCUGCGGGGUGAGCACCGAUGCUCCCAGAACAAAGAGGCACACAGGGAAGAAGGAAGAGGAAGAUGGGCUGGUGGAGGUGAUCCUGGGCGACUUGGGAUGCCAGGUCCCAGGAGGGAGUGGCCCGCUCCUGCCUGGUUGGAAGAGCUGCUCCCGGAGGCUUCAGGGCCCUGGAGAGGGUCUUACUGCUGAGGCCAGCCCGCGGCAUGGAAACCCAGCCACUUGGCGGGACCUCGGGCUCCAGGGAACGCGGCAUGUCAGCGCCGAGCCACCUCCAGCGCCUAGUGCUUGCAGCCAGAGCCCGGCUCUGGGGAGACGGGAGGAGCCCACCUCCCCACCAGCAGGGGCCGGAGCGGUCACUCAAGCUCACAGCAACUGCAGACUGGGCCAAGGGCAAGCCGCCUGUGCUGGAGAAGACAUGCUCGUUGCCUGCACAAAACUGAAGCCCAGCCCCAGAAGCCAGAAGACACACCACCUGCUGGCUCAUCAGGGAGGCGGCACUGCAGCUGCUCGAGGGCAGACAGGGCGCGGUGAGGGGGUGGGGGAGGCGCCUCCGGCCAAGCGUGGCCAAGAAGCGGCCCAGGUGGAGCCCGAGGGCCCCAAGGCGGGACUCGAGCCCCACACAUCCGGGCACAGCUGGGGCCUGGCCAUCAUCAAGAAUGUGGGUGACACGCUAAUCCCGGGAAGUGCCUAUCGCCAGUCCCACGUUGCAGACGAGACGACCGAGCCCCGGGAGCUGAAGGAACUGCCUGAUGCCGCAGAGCUCCCAUGA